GUGGAGGUGCUGCGUGAGUCAAGGUGGCCACACGCGGGGGACGGACUCGCGGUGUUGAAUGGCUGUCAUCGCUUUUUAUGACAGAUGCUCCGCGCGAUCAAUUCGCUGUGUUAAAUCGCAAACGGGCGCGCGCGUACGUGCGCGGUGAACUCUUUCUUCGCGAAUCUCGCGCGUGUUGGACCACGCGGUCACUGCCCCGUGUUGUCAUCGUCCGAACUGUGUUGAAAUUUCGUCGGAUUCAGAACAGAGAGAGAGAGAGAGAGACUCACACUCACACGUACACAGAAAGAGACCAAUAGAUCGAGAGAGAAAGACAGGGAGUAGGAGCAUCAGAGAGGAAGGAGAACGCGCUUCGUCAAAUGUCUCGCGGACGAAGCGGUUAAAUAUCUUCGGUAGGAAAGCAGAGAGAGAAAGAGAUAGAGAAAAAAGAGAAAGAGAGGGAGACUGAGCCAGCUGUCUUGCGAGCAGCCCGUCGUGGGCCUACGUCGCGAGGAGGCAUCGUCCGCGCCGAGUGGCGAAGCUGUGAGGUGAUAAUAUCGCUCGGAGUGUCCAACGGCGAGUCCGUCAUCAUCGCCGAGUUAUCGUCGCGCGCGCGACAAUGGCAAAGACGUACGAUUAUUUAUUCAAGCUCCUGCUGAUCGGGGACUCCGGCGUGGGCAAGACCUGCGUGCUCUUCCGCUUCUCCGAGGACGCGUUCAACACGACCUUCAUCUCCACUAUCGGCAUCGACUUUAAGAUACGCACCAUCGAGUUGGACGGCAAGAAGAUUAAGCUACAAAUAUGGGAUACCGCUGGACAGGAGAGGUUUCGCACCAUAACGACGGCGUACUACCGCGGUGCGAUGGGGAUUAUGUUGGUGUACGAUGUUACGAACGACAAAAGUUUCGAGAACAUUAAGAACUGGAUUCGGAAUAUAGAGGAGAACGCGUCCGCGGACGUGGAGAAGAUGUUGUUAGGUAAUAAGUGCGAGCUCACGGACAAGAGGCAAGUGACGAAGGAGAGGGGCGAGCAACUAGCGGUUGAAUACGGGAUUAAGUUUAUGGAGACCUCGGCGAAAUCUAGCAUCAAUGUGGAGGAGGCUUUUUAUACCCUGGCACGUGAUAUCAAAGCAAAAAUGGAAAAGAAACUGAAGGAGGCAUCGAAUCCACCGAAAGGCGGCGGUCACCAGUUGAAAGCUUCGGAACCACAGAGGAAGCCACCCAGUUGGCUUGCCCGUUGUACUAUACUCUGACCCCCCAAAUAUUAUCAGCUGUUCAACGAGGCGCAUCUAUUUACUAUUAUCAUUAUUUACUUAUGUUCAUUUCGUCGAACAAAAGCGAUGCUUCGCGAAGCCUUUCGCGUCUCACGCAUCGGGCUUAGCGGGUUUACUCCUUGACAAUGAUGAGAUGUUCGCAUCGUAUUAAAGGCUCAGAGGUUACUUGCAUGAACGCGUCUUUCGCCGAAGAAACCCUCAGAGGAGAAAGUGUUGGACCUUUCCGUUUUAUCUUGUACGAGAAACGAGCAUUGUUUUAUUUAAGUUUAAUACAAUUGACACGAUUCACUGCACGCUCCGGUUUGUUAAUCGACAUAGUUAAACAGAUUUAGCCGAUAGAGUCGCGGUAGGUCAAUCCGAGAUCCAACGAUCUCACUUACACCUUGUGAUCAUCUCGGCCACCUCGGGGAUCGGAUGAUGUGAUUUGUUAAAUUAGUUGAAAGCGCCACGCUGUAUUUGUAGUAGAACACAAUGGACUUCUCCUCUGGUUUUCUUACAUUGAUUCGCGGGUACGGCUGAUUUUUUUUUAAUCGAAGGAUCAAUAUUAAGUAUAAAAGUUUUUAGUACGUGUUACUUAAUCUUUUAUGGCAAUAGGAUGAAGUAUACAUUUCCUCGUGCACGAAAUUCCACAUCGUUUCAACAUGACUUACAUUAUGUGUGUUUCUCGUUUUAUUGGAGGACCAUGUGUCUAUAAAAGUAUAUAUAGAAACGUACACAUCACACACACACGUACAUACAUACACAUGUAUACACACACAUACACGCGCGCGCGUCAUGCAACAUCACAAUGAUUAAAAAUGGCAAAAAAACUAAAUAAAAUUAAGCAGUAUAUAGGUAUCGCAAAACCGUUUUUAUACUGUUAAGAAGAUAGCUUUUUCACAAAAUUAACGAGAAAACAUAAACUAGAGCAUUAACACACUGAUGUAAUUAAAAUGCCUUGUGGCGAAUUGAACAAGAACUUUAUAGACAAUUUUGUUACACCACCGAUGUAUAAGUACGUAUAUGUCGGUGUCAUAAGAAGUUUUAUUAAGUCUGAGAAAACAAAGGGCAACAAUGUAAGAGUAGCGUACAAAGCUUGGUUUUUCGACAAAAAAAUUUGCAUCGAUAAAGAUAAAUCUGUUUGCAGGAUCUACCAUAAGGAAGAAAAGAAAGAAAAAUUUCUCUUUAUUCGCUGGUCGUCGUAAUGUGCAUCUUACGAGUUUGCAUUUUUACUAUCUGAACUUGUUCAACUUAUACUUAAAUAUACACGAUUAUUAUAAUACAUUUUUUAUUAAUCCUGUA